ACUAAAUGGCCGGCCGCAGCGUGAACCAGGCCGGCCAAGGGCUAGAACCGCCCCAUACACUGCACACCACGCGCCAACGCCUCUGCAAAUACAGGACAUGGCAUCGCUAGGCACCUGCUCUGUCUUUCAGGCAUGACAGGACGAUCAUCUUUGCUGAGGUGGUGCUAUCAACUCCUGAGCUGCCGCUGGGUUGUCGGUAGGGUACAAGUACGACGGCAUACUAAAUGCACUCUGGGCUCCAUGCUGCUUUCCAGGGGGCGGCCAAAAAGAGCCCAGAUUGCAGAUAUAUCGCUACUCACUCGUGUGAUUGGAAUCGAGUUGCUGGAGGGGGAGCAACACACUCCAGUAUACGGUACUUGCACUCGUCAAUAUGGAGUACCUUCUCUUCAAUGUUGUGAGAUAGGCAUGCAAUGUUGGCAUGCAGUCCACUCUUGGCGACUUGUCUUUAGUGGCCCAGAAGCCGUCUUAGCUCAGGCGCCAUGUCUGUUCCGUUCUCUGCUCCCACUGUCUGUUUUCCCAUUUGCUUGCAUCCUUCACUGUCUCUUCCCACCGGGGUAACAUCAGCUGUGAAAGCGGCAACGAAACGCAGCGCCCGUUGGCUUGGGCCGAGCAUCACUGCGCCCGGUCCGCAGGGAGAUU